AUGAAGCUUGGAAUAUAUGAAGUAGGGUUUAUUCCACCUGCUGCUAAACGAUAAUUUUAUGAACUACAACCAUAUUCAUAAUUGCAAUACCUAGGGAAAAACCUAUUAUCCGCAUUUUUCAUAGCAUUGUUAGAUUACUUUAUUGCAUAAAACAAAUCAUAGUCGAUGGAAACAUUGGCUAAACCCAAGAGAAUCUAUACAAAAGGAGACAAUCUAAAAAUAGCUUAAUAAAUAUAUAACCUAAGAAUUGGAAAUAUAAGUAUGAAAGAAUUUUUCAUUUUUCUUAAAAAUAUUGACAUCAACAAUUAAAAGGGACAAUAACUUUUAGAAGAAUUUUGCGAACUGUAAGAAUUAAGAGUCUCUGUUACUAAUAAUAAAAUAACGAUUGAAAGCAUCGCAAGAUUAUUUUCAAUUUCAGUAAACCUACUUGGACAAUAAUAAUUGGGCUAUACUAGCAAGUAAAAAAUAUUUCUACUUCUGCAAACGGAUGGUUAUUAUUUAAUUAAAUAGACAAGUCCUUUGAUCUAAUAUAUAAUACAAGCAGGUUAGCCAUGUAACAUAUGUUAUAAAAAAUUUGACAACUAUUUUAUUAAUUCUAAUUGUCUACACAUAAACUGCCGAAAGUGCCUUGUUGAAAAAAUAAAAAAGGGAAACCCCAAUUCGAAUAAUUAGGUUGUAUAAUGUAGUUGUAGUUGCAAGGAAAAAAUACUCAUCAAGGAUGCUGAAUCAUAUUUAAAUGAAGAACUCAAGAUCGAAGCAUUAAGAUAGCAAAAGGACUAAUAGCUUAACUUAUAGAAAUCUUAAUAAUUUACCAAUGAUAAAUCAAAGGGUUAUGGUUAUACUACCGAAGUGUUAGAUAAGAAUUAAAAACCCGUUUAAUAGAAUAAACCAAUAGAAUAAAUAGAAUAGUAAUGUAAUUAUUGCUAUCAACCCUCAUCAAAGGAGCUCUUUGUUAAUAAGUAAUGCUCUCAUAGAUUUUGCACAGAUUGCUUUAAAUAACGAAUUACGAGUAAAGGAUAAAAGUGUGUGGUUGAAGGGUGUGAGAUAAUAAUAGAUGAUCUUCUAUUUUAAUAGAGAGUUUAACUAGAAGACGAUAUAACUAGAAUAUAGAAGGUUGUUCAAACCCAGAAGUAAUAAUUAGGGAAAUGCACUAAAUGCAAUAAUGAAACUCAAAUUUCUAGAUUAUACAAGGAUAAAAGGUGUAAACAUUAUACUUGUUUUCCGUGCAUUCAUGUACAUGUUGAAAUGCAGAUAUAGAAACAGCCAAAUACUUAUAAUUUUACAUGUCCAUCCUGUGACAAUAUUUAUGGGGUUGAUUUUGAUACAUUUUAUGAACAAUAGUAAUUAAGCUAGUUAGAGGAGAGGAUGAAAUAUGAGGAACUAUUUUAGUAAGAAAAAGAAGAAAGAGAAGAAAGAGAACUGAAAGAAUUUUAAGCUCUUAAAUAACAAUAAGAAAAAUAAAUCAUCCCUGAUAAAGUAAUCCAAUAUCCUUCAAGAUUUAUUAAUUAUAAAUAGUUAUAAUAAGUGGAUCAAGAUGAAAAAUCUGUUAACUCUUAAAGUGGAAAUGAUCAAGUCUCCCAGUCUACUCAGGAAUAAAAGAUUUAGAAAGAUUUUAAAUAAUUUGAAUAGGGUGAAUGCACAAUGUGUUUUACUAGCUUUUCAGAAUACAAUUUAAGAUAGGAGAUUGAUUGCACAAAACAUAAAAUUGGGGUUUGUUGUUCCGUAAAAUUUCUACAAUGUCCUCAGUGUGAAUAAAAAAAAGUAAAUACCUCAAUGAUCAGAAUAAAACCAAAAUUAAUGCUAUAAACAUUCGUCUAAAAAUUAGAGUUCAUGGGUCAAUCUGGUAUUUAUAACUCUUCAAUGAUCAAAUAUAAUAAUGUGAAUGCAGAUGAUUAGACUAGAUUGAAUUCUCGAGCCAAUCUUGGUUAAAGUCAAAUAAAAUCCUCAUAACGAAAUAGCACUAUGGAUACUUAGAUCUUCCGAAGUUAGGCUCCACAAAGCAAGGAGGUUGGAGUAUAUGGGGGCUGGAUACAAAUAUUGAGUGGCCAAAUUAAUUAACGAAUGAGUCUUUGA